AUGGAUCCGUCUGAUCUCAAGCAUCUGACCACGCCUCGUUCUUCCCUCGACAACCCUCCAUUUUCCGCAAAAGCGCCUCUUUCAUCUCCCGACGCCCCUCGUUCUCCCUCGGCGAACCAGCUCCACCCGAAAAAGAACCGCCUAUUUCGCUCCACAGAUUGUCGCCAACCCCCCGGCGAAUCAUCUCUCCGUUUUUCCCAGCGCCGCCAUUUCUCCGCCGCGCGUUCGUUGCCCUCGGGCUCCAACGCGCCCGCGCAUCUCGUUUCGCCGUUGGACCCGUCACUCUCCUCCUCCUCUUCCGAUGAGGAGGACUUUCCAAUCGCCGUCCACCGUGCAGCACCGCUCCAAACCGCGCAACCGCCCGUUUUUUCCGCGCAUCUCUCCGCGCAGCCGGCCCCCCCGCAGGGCGCGUCCGCGCGCCUCCCCGCCUCGUGGUUUCAAGAAGCGGCGGCGGGAGCGAAUCGGUGGGGUGCCCGGGGUAAGGAGGAAGUAAAGAGAGAAAAUGCAGAGGAUGAAAUUGAGGAAGGGGAGGUAUUAUCUGAUGAGGAAGAUGCACAGGAAGGUACAGAGGAAGGAGCAGUGGAAGAAACGGAGGAAGACGCUAAGGAAGAUGCCACGAAGGAUGAGCCAAAGGAAAUCUCGAUGGGUGAUAAUCAGCAACAGAGAGUGAUGGAGGUAGAGGAACGAGAGGAGAGGGAGAGGGAGAGGGAGAGGGAGAGGGAGAGGGAGAGGGAGAGGGAGAGGGAGAGGGAGAGGGAGAGGGAUAGGGAGUCAGGGACGCAGCGAGUAGCUAAGGUAGAGCCAGAUACUGCUAUGGAUGUUGAGACCAAAGGUUCAGUGGGGUGGGAGGGGGAGGAGCGAAAGUUGCAGGCGAGGGUGAAGACGGAGCGAGAAGAAGGAUGCAGCGAGAAGGAGAGUGGGCAUGGUGGCUGCUCUGCUAGUGGGGUUGGUGUGGGUGGUGCGCGUGAUGUGUGUGGUAUGGGUGGUGUGUUUGGUGUGACCACCAAGGUGAAUGAUGAAGGUGGGGCGAAACGGAGGGAGUUAAAUGAGGGAGGAGGCGCAGAGGGAGAUAUGGCUCUGAACAUACCUGGUGGUGGUGCUGCUGCAGUGGCCCACUUCUGGCAGGACGAGGCGGAAUACAACUCCCUACACAAGAUGCGAGCGCAGGACACUGGUCUCCCCUGGGGAGUGAUGCAGGGGUGUGAGGGGUGCCGUUACCGCGGGUGUUACCGAUGCUGCCACGUGUCGGCACGCUGGAAGCCGGAUGAGUCACGACGGCCCUCUGUGGGAGAGGCACCCACGUUUUACCCCACUGCCGAGGAGUUUGCCAAUCCCGUGCGCUACAUCCAGUCCAUCCAACGGCUAGCAGAGGAGCACGGGAUAUGCCGCAUCGUGCCGCCCGCCUCCUGGACGCUCCCUGCGGGCGCCUCUCUCUCCCAGGAGCACCUGCGCUCCCUACGCUGCCGCUACCCCACACGCGUGCAAGAAGUCAGUCGCCUGCAGGUCCGCAAGCCCUGGACGGCAGCUGCUGGAAACAGCCGGGGUUAUCAGGAGCACCCCCACCAGCAGAUGCAGCAGCAGCAGCAACCAGAACCAGCACACCUGCAGCAACAGCCGCACCAGCAGCAGCAGCACCAGCAGCAGCAGCACCCGCAGCAGCAGCAGCAGCAAAGGCAGCGGCACCAGAAUGGAGGGGUGCCGACGUGGGAGCAGGUGGAGGGGGAGUUUUGGAGGGUUGUGGAGGCACCAAGCGAGCGUAUAGAGGUGCUGUAUGCAUCGGACGUGGAGAGGCACAACAUACAACCUGCUCCCACCACACCGCAGGUUUGCUUCGGCAUGUGCCUCUCCUCCUUCUGCUGGGUGCGUGCCUCCUCGCUCCCUCUCUUCUCCUCUUUUCCUCUCCUCCUCCCUCCCUCUCCUUUCCUCUUUUCCUCUCCUCCUCUAUUCCUUUCCUCCUCCCUUCCUCGCCUCCUCUUUACCUCUCCUCCCUUCCUCUCCUCCUCCGCUCCUCUCCUCCUCCCCUCCUUUCCUCCUCCCUUCUCUCUAUGCUCGUCCGUCGCUGUUUCUUUUACUCAUGUGGAGGAUCAUCAUCUCAACUCACUCAACUACUUGCACUGGGGGCGUCCCAAGGUGUGGUACGGAGUGGCCAGCAGGCAUGCAGAGCGGUUUGAAGCGGUGAUGCACAAGCGCCUGCCCGAGGCCUUCCGUGGCAUAGAUGACCUGCUGCAAAGCCUUGUGACGCAGCUGUCCCCGGCUGUGUUGCAGCAGGAGGGCAUUCCUGUGGUGCGCCUCGUGCAGCACCCCAACGAGUUUGUGGUCACCUUUCCACGAGCCUACCACUCAGGUUUCAACGUCGGGUUCAACUGUGCUGAGGCUGUCAACAUGGCACCACCUGAUUGGCUGCAGCACGGGCUGCGGGCAGUGGAGGGUUAUCGUUCCAUUGAGCGUAGCGCCACUCUCUCCCAUGACAAACUGCUGCUGCGCGCUGCUGCUACUGUCCUUGAAGCUGCUGCUGCUGCAGCUGCUGCUGCUGUUGCUGGUGCUGAUGCUGCUGGUGCUGAUGCUGAUACUGCUGCUGCUGCUGCUGCUGCUGCUGCUGCUGCUGCUGCUGCUGCUGAGGGGGCAGUGUGGUGUGAGAAUGCGGAGACAAUAUGUGUUGCUUUGGAGGAGCGUGUGUCUCUUGAGAAGAGCCGGCAACAAGCUCUUCUCCUACUCGCCACUCUGUCGCCGCUUUUUGAGACGCCUCAAAUAACGAGCGAGUGUCUCUUGAGAAAAGCCGUCAACAAGCUCUUCUCCUACCUGCCACGCUGUCGCCACCGUCGCAGCCGUCGCAACCAGCACAAGCACCUUCUUUCCGCAUAUCACGCGUCAACACAUUCCCUCCGCCCUCGGGCACAGCCCCACCCUCGGCUCCACAACGCUCCUCAUGCCCUUCACCUCAGGCAACGGAGCGACCCCAAGCCGCACAAGCAGCACAAGCAGCGCAAUCCAUACCUGAUUUGGAUUUCCUGCAGUGCUGCUACUGCUCCUACGACCUCUACCUCUCCUUCGCCUCGUGCUGCCGUGCAUGCUUCCCCAGGCAACCUGGCACCACCAGUGCAGCAGCAGGCGGGUCCGUCCUAG